AAGCUUUCUUUCCAAGCCGGUGAACGGCACGGUCUUGAAAAACUCUGUCAGUGGAUCUGGAGACAACAAGAGGGAGGAUCAAGGGUUGCAACAGUUGAUAUACUUAACUACAUUCAGAAUGAGCUUGAUUAUUGUGGAGAGGAGCCAUCUGUGUCGCCCAGAGCACCACCACAACACCAACAAUCUCAACCAGUAAUGCAUGUGACUAAUUCCGGCUUUCCAUUAACUUCAGGGUCUUCUGUCCAAACAAUGAUGGGGCAGGGACUCCGGUCUGAACAAUGUGAUAAUCAACCAAAGAAUUCUAUGUUUUCAAAUGCUUUGUCAAGCCCUAUCCGUCGAAGUCUUCAGCACUAUCAAGUUGGCGAGGGUGGGAAUUACCCUAGUGGCCCCUCCUUGGUGAAUGGAAAUCGGAACAGUGAACCAAGCUUUGUUCACCAACAAAGCAGGGAUUCUAGUGCAUUCAAUCCCAAUGAUUCUGCCAUGGACAUGCACGCAGACUAGUCGUGUCUAUUUUUCUAUCAACUGCAUAUCCGUGUUUGGCCAUCCUUAUGCAUUACCUGCAAUAGAUGUGAACAUCCGUUGGAAGUCAGUAUCCGGUGUUUGCUCGUCACGUCCAACAAGAAACGGCGGUAGGUCGAGUCAGUUCUAUUAACCUAUUGAUAUGCUUAUGUUAUCCAAGUGAUCAGUAUUAGUUUGGAUCUUAAUUUUCUGUGUAAAGCUUUUUUAUUUUUUUAUUUUUAUUUUUUGGUUGAAAUAAUUUAAAAGCAUUUUAUUUUAAUGUUUACCAUGGUUGCCCCAUGUAUCUCCUCUUUUCUCAAUGUAGUUCUUCUAUCUGAAGUUUCCUAUGUAAAUCUGUCCUGUUCUCAGAUCCCCUAUAUGGCAAUUUACAGCUUCGGGCAUCUUUUGUUGA